GAAAUUCAGUUCAGAACGUGGUCAGACGUCGAAGCGCGUGGUCGUGGAAUUUUCCGAGAAAAUCCUGGGGGAAAACAAACAGUGCGAGGCAGCAGCAGCAACAACAACCACUAUCUAGAGCAGAGGAAAUUUGGCAGACUUUGAUGUGAACCGGACACGAGGGCGAGCGCAGGAACAGACGGAAACAGAGCGAACAAACAGGGAAAACUAACCAAAAAGAACCAAAGGAGAGGGCCACGCCAAUAGUGUGCAAAUUAAUAUAGUCGAAGCAGCAUGGAUGAGGAGCACGACGACGAUCGAAUAAUAUGAGAUUAGAUGGGGCUCUAGAGCCCCGGCCCCGUCAAGGAGCUGCCACAUUCAAGGGCCGCCAGCCCCUGAGGCGCGAGAGCCGCGAACCAUGUGAGACGCAGCAACAGCAACAGCAGCAGCCAGCUGACGAAGACGACGAGGCCACAGACGCUGAGUGUUUGACCACCAACAGCAGCAAGAGGAGCAGCAACAAUUGCAAAGCCAACUUGGUCUCCAAUCCAAAGAGAACACCACCAGCAAAGUCCACGCCCACGCCCACGCCCACGCUCACGCCCAGAAAAACAACUGGCGGCAGAGGCAAUAGCAGGCAUACCAUAUUAAUGGCGCCCAACGUGGGGCAUCAGCGGAAGAGCCUUGGCCUGCGACUUCCGAUGAAGCAGGGCGGCAGCCGGCGGAGAAUGAUGGGCGCGGAAUGGGGCUGGGAGCGCCUUAACGGCCUGCUCCUGUGCCUGAUUUCCGUUGUUGCCCUGCUGCCGCCGCUGACGCUCGGCGAUGACGGCGAUAAUUUCUUUGCCGUGAAUGCCUUUAGUGCGGGUCCGGAGACGACAACGCCAGAGUUCGAUUAUGCCAGCCGCGGGCAGAAGAAGUUCGGCGACAAGUGCGAUAAUACCCUGGAAUGCGGCUUCCCCGGCUCCAUCUGCGAUCCUAAGAAGAAGUCCUGCCAGUGCACCGAGGAUCUGCCCGUCACCAAUCACUAUGACAAAUGUGGCAAAGAGGCCGCCGUGAACGAGUCCUGCUUCUUCAACGAGCAGUGCGAGAUGCGAUACUUCCAGACGGAGUGCCGGGAUGGACGCUGCAUCUGCCGGUUCGAGAUGUCGCCCAUUUGGGGCAAGGACGGAUCCGUGGAGUGCAAAGGGCGCCAGGAUAAGAGGGGACCCGAGACCUACAUCGACCCGGCCAUGAUUGGCGUGCUGGUAGGAAUGGCAUUGAUGUUUGUUAUUAUUUGUGUCGUCCUGCGAUUGUUUAGCCAAGCUCGCUGGCGUGAGAACCGGACCAUCUUCAACACGCCCAAUCCUCGCCUGAUGAACGUCUCCCUGCUGCGGGACAGCAAGCUGCUCCACGGCCAGGAGCGCCGAGGGUCCAGGAUGUCGGUGCGGGCGCCAUCCCGGCAGCCCAGCAUGGCCUCCCUGCGGCCCCACUCCCCCAAUCCGUCGCUAGGUAAGACAGGAUCCCAUUCGGAGUCACAUGGCAGCAAUGCAUCCGCAGCCUCGGUGCGCUCCAACCGCAGCAACUCGGUGGCUCCCGGCAAGGUUGUCCACCACGAGCGCCACGGAUCCGCCCAUCGCCAGCACCACCCACAUGGCCACCAGCCGAAGGAGCAGCCGCAGUCGCCGCAGUCGCAGGACCAGUCGCUGAUCACCAACAUCACCACGAAUCCGGUGGCCGAGAGCGUUACCGUCGAGAUCAUCGAGCCGGGUCAGAAGUAGGAAGUAUGGGCCCAGGAUCGAUUCUACUUGAUCUAAAGUAUGAUGGCGUAGGCAGGAACUGGCUACUAACUGGCUAACUCUCUGACACACGAACACAGGACACGAAAUGCAGCACAAACUAUAGGAACAUAUAGUCACGGUAUAUGCACGCGAUAAUAAGGCGGCGCGCUCCCAAAAGGGGCGUGACCCCGGCUACCACACACACACACACACACACAAGAAAUCGAAUUACACAUGAGGCCAUUGUUCGACUCUUUUUGACAAAGACCAUUUUUGCAAUUAAUGAAAAUUUUUUAACCAAACCAAUUAUAUACUUAUUAUAUGAAUAUGGAGCGUGUAAGGAAGCACACACACACAUACACCCAGAACAAUGCUAAAUGAAUUACUUACACCGUAAAAAAAUAAUUGAAAAAAACCUUGCAUAACAAAUUCAUACUACUCUUUUUUUCAACCAAAAAAAAACACAAAAUACAAAAUACAAAGAAACAAAAACGAUGAAACCGAUAAGGGAAACUUUACUAAUUUAAAUAACAUAUUGUAAUGCAGUUAUAUAACUAAGCUUUGGGUUAAAGGCUUUAAGGAUUAAAACACAGAAUAGGAAAACAGAGAAUUCACAGCGUAGGGAAACUAGAGCAUGAUCUCAAUCGUAGUGUUCUUUAGCCAGCCAUCGGAGGCACUGCAUCGUGGCCAAAGGUGCGAUUAAUUGGCAAAAACCAAAUGCAAACCGCUGAUACAACGCCUUAUCUAUACUAAUAUUAUAGAUCCAAUUGCCGCUCUAGCUCCCACAUAUGGAUGUUAUUACCCAGAGUCGAUGACAAACCAAGUUGAAGAAAUAUUUAACAACCUCGGGACCAUAUUUUAUAAUCAAAAUAUGCGUUUCAUUGCGAAGCACGCACGUACACCUUAUCCUCGUUUCGGCAUUAGCUUUUCGUUCCCGAACGGAUCUAGGUUCGGAUGGUAAAGGAGUACCUAUACUUUAUAUCAACUAGCUGAGCAAAUUUAAGGGAACACUCACACAUGAUAUUAAGGAUAACGACUAUACAAGCUCGCCGAGAGUCCAAAAUCUAAAUUGACUUCCAGUUGACUGUAUUGAUUUCACGCCUGAGUUCAAACUUUUAAGCAACGUAGACUUUCUGCUGAUUUACUCAGUUCAAAACUUACACCGCACAUUGCAGAUCGGGCCGAGGAUUUUCGGGCAGUGCACUGGGCUAGCCGGAAGUAGGGGAAGAUUUCCGGGUCUGUCCAAUGCGUAGGCCGAAUGGUAGGCUGCUGAUCUCCAGAUUAUAGCCAUAGUAGGAAUAGAAAUCGAUAUUGAUAAGGUUUAGUUGUUGCCCCCCAAAAACAGACGAUUCUCAUUUGCUUUUGUGCUCAAUCAAAGAAGCUUAACUGUGAGAAUACCAAAUGAAUACAAGAUACAAAUAAACGUAGAGCGAACAAAUCUUAAAGUUGCUUGAGAACUUCUAGCUAAACAAUUACGAUUAGAGUGACGAGGAGAAAACUUACGGAAAAUACAAAAAAAAAAAACGAAAACAAUUUUAUUAAAGCAUCGAAUUUUUCUUAAAACAAAACGAGCAAACAAACAAUCUUAUUUCUAGGACAACCAAAUCUAGUAACUUAUUUACAUUCUAAAGGGCGCAUUCAGAAAACAAUUUAGGCUUUGGAAUUUGGGGAAGAAUUUCAAGGUUUAACUUUGUUUUAUCAACCGCAAGACACUUACAUCUAAGCACCAAAGAACUAGAGUAUAUUACAACUAAUUAUAAAGAGAAUACAAAUAAAUGAAUCACUGAUUUUUCUAUUUACAUCAAAUAUUGUUGAAGGCAGACUUUAAGCGAAUUUUAAAUAAGCUAAACCAAUGGCGAGCGUAUGAGGAGAAUAUUUUAAAACCAAUUAUAUACAUACAUGAAUAUGCUUUAUUUACUUUAAUAUUUACAUUACUCGUAUACACAACUACAUCCAACUAUAUAUGAACUUGUAUUAAAGUUUCGUGGAAAACUGCUACCAAACCGAAUGCGAUAAUUCAUUUACACUCUACCAAGGAAAACAAAAAUUUUAUAUAAGAAGCGAAAUCGAAAUCGAAAUCUUGUAAUAAUGCUAAUACUCGUAUUAUACAUCUAGAAAUCAAACGCCAUUAUCGCACAUCUAAGCCAUACAAAUCGAAACUAAAUCGAAAGUAAUGAAGAGUCAACCUAAAUCUUUAAGCCUAGAAGAGAAGCAACUUAUAGAGUUCAACAUUUCGAUUUUCAUGUGACUUGUAACUACAAAGAAACCAAAACCGAAACAAAAACAAAAACCAAAACCGAAUCCAAAACCAAAAGGAUACUAGAAAGGAUCGUAGUUAUAGAGAGCGAAUCAAAGCCAGACAGUACGAGUAGCAAAAUAUAGACGAUGGUAAUGUAAUCUUAACCUACAAGACAAAUUGCUUUUUCAAAUUCCAGAAGGCAAACGAUCGAGUAUAUUAUGAACUACAUAUAAAGUAUAUACAUAUAUAACUAUAUUUAAAGAUCAGUUCACUAUAAUAAAGUCUAUAUUACCAUACCUAACGAACGAAAA